UGUCCGCACGGGCAGCUGAGGCGUAGGCAGGGCACGGCCGAGCACUGCUGAGCCGUGGCCACCAUUGGCCACGGUGCCCUUGGCCGCCUGUCCCGCCAGCGGCCUGUGAAAGAGCGCGACAGGGGAGCAGGCAGGGCCAGUUCUGCACCAAGGAGCAAAGAGUUGUUCACUCCCUACUAACAACAGCGGAGAGGUCGUCCCUCCCUACUCGCCACUGGUGUGGCCACACGUCAAGUACUGCCUUCAGUGGGCCCUAUCGGCCCCCUUUCUAUAGAAGGGCACUGAGGUCCUGGAGAAUGUCCAGAGAAGAGUAGCAAGGCUCGUGAAAGGUCUAGAAGACUAACAGGAAUGGGUGAGGGACCCGGGAUAGUUUUGUCUCGAGAAGAGUAGGCUCGUGGGGGAUCUCAUCGCCCUCUACAACUGCCCAAAAGGAAGUUGCAGUGAAGUGAGGACGGGUCUCUUGUGUGGCUGCAGAGAGGACAAGAGGAAAUGGCCUAGAGCUGAGACAAGGGAGACUCGGAUGCUACAAAAAUGUUUCACUGGCAAGGUGGUCAAGCAUUGGUAUAGGUUGAUCAGGAACGUUGUGGAGUCACCACCCUGGAGGUGUUUAAGAGGCAUCAGGACCUGUGCUGAGUGAUGUGGUUUAGGGCUUACAGUGGUAGUGCUGGGUGGAUGGUUGGACUCGAUGAUCUCAAAGGUCUCUUCCAGCAUUGAUGAUUGUGUGAUUGUGUUGGUGUGUGCCCACCAGCAAUAUGCAGUGGCACCAGAUGAGUGGUGCUGUAGUGCUGGCAAUGGAGUAGUCAACCAAGCAAUGGCAUUACAGCAAAAGGACAUCCUCUGGAUGUUACGGUAUUAGGCUAUUUGUCAUUGAGAGAUAAGCAUAUGCAGGAUGAGGAAGCAGUAAGGGUAAGCUUGUCCUCAGGACCUUAACAGAAAAUUAUUUUUCAAACCUUGUAGGAAAGGGAGAACAUGGACUUCAGUUCUUUUAUAAGUCCCUGGCUUGGGAUGGCUAGGAGGUCUUGUCUGUCAUGGUCCUAAAGAAAAAACACUGAAAGAUUCUGCUCCACUCUAGUGAGACCCCUUCUGGAGACCUGUGUCCAGUUCUGAGGUCCUCAGCACAGGAAAGGCAUAAAUCCAUUGGAGCAGGUCCAGAGGGAGGCCAAGAAAAUUAUCAGAGGAGAGAUGGUGGCUUCUCUUACUAAUAAAAGCUGAGAGGGUUGUUCAGCCUGAAGGUUUUGAGGAGACCUUAUUGUGGUCUUUCAAUACUUAAAGGAGCUUUUAAGAAAGCUGGAAACAGAUUUUUUUUAGUAGGGCUUAUAGUUACAAGACAAGGGGUAACGGUUUUAAAAGAAUAUAGAUUUAGACUAGAUAUAGGGAAAAAAAAUUCUGCUACGAGGCUGGUGAAGCACUAGCAGGCUGCCCAGAGUGGUGGCAGAUGCCCCAUCCUUGGAAACACUAAAAGUCACGUUGGACAGGGCUCUGAGCAAUCUGAUAAGAGUUGAAAAAGUCCCUGCUCAUUGCAGGUGGGUUGGGCUAGAUGAUCCUUGGAAGUUCCUUCCAGCCCAAACUAUUCUCUGUUUCUAUGAUUCUAUGACCUGAUUGGGCUGUCUUGGCCAUUGAGUCUAUGUAAGCAGUGCCCUGCAGAGAACUGUUUGAAUCCUGUAUGUGUAGCUAAUCCCAGCUAUUCUGGUCCCAGUGUCUAGGGUUACGAGUGGAUGUAGGGGAUGUCAGGGAGCAGCACGCUGCAGAGGGAGCACAGUACAUCUAUACACUGCCCAUGGCUUUCAGGGCAGGCACAUAGUGCUGCUGCAUAAUAACACUAGCUGCAUGGAGAAAAUAGAAGUGGAGAGGACAUUAAUUGCAGGCUGGUUUUGUUCAAUUCAUAGGGUCAGGUGCUGUCACCUGAUUUGUACAAGUUUGUGCCUGUGACACAUCCUUACCUGAAACUCAUACUAAUGGAUCCUGAAUACUGAGUGACUCUAAGAUUUGCAUUUGGAAUGCAAAGUGGAAAUAAAAUUUUUACUGAAAUGCUUCCAGCUUUAAGAGUGUCAGACAAAGCUCUGGAGAGACAGGAGGUGUGCUAUUUUCAGCCACGUUCCGGUGAGAGAUCCAUCGUGUAUGCGGGGGGGCACAGAGGGUGAGAUUGACAUGACACGUGUGUAGGACAACUCUGGCCCCUUACCAAGGGCAGAAUCAAAUGUCUAAUCAUAGGCAGAGCAGCAGCUGAGAGUCCAGAAGAGCAGUGAAGGCUGGGCUUGACAGUCUCAGCUCUUGUGUGUGUGUGAACUUCAAGGAGAAAGUGAGAAGAGGGCCUUGUGGGGACUGGAGAGUGGUGGUGUGAAUUGUGAAUAUGGAAAUAGAAGAGUCUGACUGUUAAGAACUGGAGUCUGUACUGAAGUUGUGAAGACAAAAUAUCUAAAGCACAGAAAUCAUGGGAGCUGAAGAAGAAAUGCUCAUCACUCUGUCUGGAGGUGCCCCCUGGGGCUUCCGCCUGCAAGGGGGUUCAGAGCAGAAAAGACCCCUUCAAGUGUCAAAGAUUCGAAAGAGAAGCAAAGCGUGCCGUGGAGGCCUGUGGGAAAAUGAUGUUCUAGUAUCUAUCAAUGGGAAGUCAUGUGCUGGCCUGUCCCAUGCUAAUGCCAUGCAGAUCAUCGAUUCCUCCAAUGGCAUGCUCAACAUCCGCGUGAAAAGGAUAGUUGGUGGGGACCAGACUGGCCCGAGGCUCCAGCGUUCCCCUUCUCCAGGGCAGCAGGUGCUCUCUCCAUCAUCCGUGCUCAGCCCCCCGGCACAGUUACUCAGCUCUGAACCAGCAGGAGCUCCAGCCACCACACAGCCCUCACAGCCAUGGAGGUCACAGAGGCAUCUAGAGAGCCUCACAUCCCCACCGGACAGCGAGGCCUACUAUGGUGAGACAGACAGCGAUGCUGACAAUGUGGCGCAGGAGAAGCACCGCCGGGCUCGCAAGAAGAGCCCACGCUCCCCACCUGAGAGCACCACCAGCAGGGCGGACGCACCUCAGGACGAGGUGUCCCUGUCUGAACAGAGUGGCUACGAGAGCAUGCCGGAGGCUGCUGCACAGGGGGGAGCAGAGCUGGCUGGCUCCAGCAGGGUGGCCAAGAGGGAGAUUGUCUGCCUGCCUGGCAGUCGCACAGACACUCCGUUCUCAGACAGCGAGGGACAGUUGCAGCCACCAUCAACAGAGGGACGGGAGCCCUCUCCAGAGGCAAUGCUCCUGCCCCAUGCCACCAAGGCUAUCCGAGCGGAACGCCAUCUCAUCCCCAUGGUGGGGCCAGUGGAACACCCGAUUGAUGAAGACCUAACCACCACGUAUACAGAGAAAGCCAAGCAGGCCAAGCUCCACCGCCACGAAAGCAUCCAGGAGAAGAACGUGAAAGAAGCUAAAACCAAGUGCAGAACCAUUGCAUCCCUGCUGACAGAUGCACCCAACCCCCACUCCAAGGGGGUGCUGAUGUUUAAGAAACGCAGGCAGAGGGCUAAGAAGUAUACAUUGGUGAGUUUUGGGAGUGUUGAUGAAGACCGCUCCUACGAGGAGGAAGACGGAGUUUUUCCAACUAGCGAAUCUGAAUUUGAUGAGGAAGGUUUCUCUGAUGCCCGAAGCCUAACUAAUCACUCAGACUGGGACAACACUUACCUAGACAUUGAAAAAUCCAAAUCUGACUCUGAACAGAAGGAGGAGAAGCAAAAAGGUUUGACUGAGGCCUCAGGUAAAGGAGCACGAUUAUUUGAGCAGCAGAGGGAACGGGCUGGGAAGUACACAGUCGAGAAAACUCCGGUGCAGAAGAGUCCAGAGCUUGCCCCGGCUGCCCAGCCAAAGCAGGGCACAGUGAACGGAGAUAUGCCUGUGCCAGACAAGACAGACAUCGUGCCCCUCAGCAUCCAUCUGGAAGGUGUGCAAAUGCCCAGCAAGCAGCCAGCCACCAUCCCCACUCAGCUCCUGACUGCCUCCAGCCCCACUUUCUUCCCACCUCCCCCAAGCACCCCCGACCCCUUCUCUGCAAGUUCAACAAGCAUGUUCAACAGGUCUGCACGGCCCUUUACUCCUGGCUUUUCUGGCCAACGUCCAGCAACAUCUUCUGUCAUCUUUAGGCCGUCUGCACCCAAAAAACCCACUGAAAGUCUGAGUGGGCAAAGCACAGGGGCUCCCCCUUUCUCACCUCUGGUUCCAGGAACACCAGUGCCAACACAACGUGGUCCAGUGAGCUCCUCCACAUCUCUGUAUAUUCCUGCACCAGGAAGACCAACAUCACCACUGGAGUCACAGCCAAAAGGGGGAGGAAGCACUUCAGAGAUCAAGCCUUCUGCCAACACUGCCCGGACAUCCACCACCUCUAUCUUUCUGUCAAAUCCCUCAAAGCCAGGAGGGGAUAUGGCCUCCACAGCAUCCCAGCCACGAGUCCCAGGAACAGCCUCUUCUUCAUUGUAUAUUAGUCCAGCACCAUCACAGCACAUGAGAAGCAGCUCCCCUCUGCCAAAACAGCCUUCUCCUGCUAUCACUCCAACAAUGCCACGACCUCCUUCGGAUCCCUUAACCUCCAGGGAGCAGAGGAUUUCUGUGCCAGCUCCCCGCACAGGCAUCCUGCAGGAGGCUCGCCGACGGGGCAACAAGAAACCCAUGUUUAGUAAAAUUGAGGAGAAGAAGAAGAAUUCACCCAACCCUGAGCUCCUGUCUCUGGUGCAGAACCUGGAUGAGAAACCAAAAGGUGACCACCCUGGGGCAGGCUUUGAGUCUGGGCCUGAGGAGGACUUCCUCAGCCUGGGUGCUGAGGCCUGCAACUUCAUGCAGUCCUCAGGCCGCAAGUUCAAGACCCCACCUCCAGUGGCCCCCAAGCCUCAGCAAGAUGCUGGAUUAGUAAAUGGGGCGCAGGACAUGCCUCAGCUUAAAGGCAAGGGGGCAGAGCUCUUUGCCAAACGUCAGAGCCGCAUGGACAAAUUUGUGGUGGAAACAACACCGAAGCAAGAGCACAAGCCCAGGACCCCCUCUCCAUCCCCUUCUCUACCCUCAUGCUGGAAAUACUCACCCAACAUCCGGGCUCCCCCUCCAAUAGCUUACAACCCAAUGCAUUCCCCUUUCUAUCCCCUGGCAGCUAGCAAAUCUCAGGCUAGCAAAGCAGAGAGCAAAGUGAAAAAGGCACCUGGCCAGAAAUCAGGGAUCAAGGUCAUUGAUUUAAUGCGCCACCAGCCCUAUCAAUUAAAGUCAGCCAUGUUCUGUUUUGGGGAUCCCCCAAGCCCCAGCACUCAGAAUACUCCUGGUCAGGCAACCCCACAGGCUAGCUCAUCCUUCAUGGCAGCCAAACAGGUCCCUGUGAAAAUAGCCAAGACCCAGGAGAUUCGUCGCUUCUCCACACCGGCUCCCAUGCCAGCCUCCAGCGGCCUGGCACCCACUGUGCUUGUGCCCCGCUCAGCCACCACGCUGGAUGAGCCAUUGUGGAGAACAGAAAUGGCCUCUUCUGCCCCUGCCACACCAGCACCCUUCCAGGUGGAGCUCAGCCCCUCUCCUAAGCCAUAUCAGAGCUCCCCAGAGCCUGGACAGGUGGGGCAGGGACCUCCUCUAAACUCGGCCAAUGCCUCUCGGUUUCAGGUGGCCAGGCCCAAAUUCUCUGCAGCAAGAACGGGCAUGCAGGCCAAUGUGUGGAGGCCAAGUUUUGGCCAUCACUGAGGCAGGUACCCCUCCCAUCCUGUCUGUGGCUCCUCAGAGAUAGCGCUUGUUUUGUCUUUCAUGUCAGCUCAAGUACGUUGGGAUGAGUGAUGCAAAAUGAAGAAAAAAACCUCAAAAAAUUACUGCCCUUUGGCACCAUCCCCUUUCCCAGCCUCCCCUUGGUCUCAGAUGAGAUACUUCCUGGAAAGGCUUACUGGCUGUGGCUACAGCAGGAGGAAGAAUGUGGAGAGAGGGCACGAGCGGUAGAGAGACUAAGAACUUAUACACAGCAUCAAAACUCUCCUCCAGAGGGGGUUAAUUCACAUGGAGACACACAUGAAGCAGUAGUUUUCUUUUCCCAAGGGCUUUGGAGUCACCCUGCAUGGAAGCAAACUAGGAGGCAAAAGCUUUCCAGGAAGAGAGGGUGAGAGGGGGGAAUACAGAACAGAAGCCCCAGCUUUCCCAUUAGAUUGUUCUCUGAUCCUCCCAGUCUGCACAUGUUCACCUGUGCGCACACACAUGCACACAGCAAUACUCAUCGGGGAGUGAAAGGACAAGUGGGGCCUCACCUGGGACAUUUCUCCCAGACUUCCCUCUGUGGGGGCAUGGAAAAGAAGGCAAGAGAGCAGAGUAAGCAGCGGUGUUUGCCCAUGCACAUGUGGGCAGUGUGGCCUGUGCCUGAGUGGCCACGUGUGCCUGUUUCUCCAGUCACCAGUGCUGGGGUAAAAGACAGAGUCAUCCUAGCUGGAUGGUCUGGAAUUAGUUUGCCAAAGAGGGGCUUUGAGGGGACUUGAUGGGGCUAUCACCAACUGUGGGAACUACAGAAGGAAGUAUCCGUUUUAGAGGAUACACAAAGUCAAAGCUAAGCUCAGGCAGUGUUUGGUUGGCACCAAGAAAGGCCCUGCAGCGUCUGUCCCACAGAACAGAUAUGGGUACUGUAAGUAGAAAGGUGGAUUGCACAGGAGAAGGUAGGGUUGGCUUUAAAAUGAGACAGGACUGAACAUGCAUUUGUACAUGAUCUUUUUGCUUUGUUUAGGACAGAAAUGUGGCUAGAUUAGAAAUGGGUCAUGACAUAAAACUUGCUGAAAGCUUUGUGAUGAGGGGAAAAUGGAGGGCCUUUACAGACAUUCUCAGCAUGGAAGUGGAGGCCAAAAAAACAGAAAGUCACAAGUAAAAUUUCAUACUAAAUUACUUAGGUAUUAUUGUGGGGCCUAUUUGGUAAAAACUAAAGUGCUCUGAGAAUCCCAGAGGAUCUGCACUACUACACAUAUACAGAGUUCAGUUUGCUGGUGAAGCUGGGGAAACAACUGGUUAUUCAUUGAGUGUCCCAGGCUAGCCUCCAACUUAAUCCCUACACUACAGGCAUACAGGAAAAAAACCCACUGCCUUCCCAAGGAAGAAUUCAGCAUAUUAGUAGGGACUGUGCAUGUGUGUGUGCAUGUCAUCUAUUCUCUGGUUUAUACACCCCCCAGCCAUUUACUUUCUGCUUGUGGUCCUCCUUUGCUAGCAGCCACUUUUCCAGUGUGAUCCCACAAGUACACCAAGAAAGCAUUGCUCCUGAAACACUGCUUCCAAACACAGCAGAUGCCCCAGCUGCAGGGAAGGGGUUUGCCACCUCUUUCUGGGUCAGGGUUGCCCAGCCUUUUGCUAAACCCUUAGGAAUGCGUACAGGAGGCAGAAUGAGGUUCUCAUAGCCCUUUCUCCUUGGGACAAGUCUCCCUUCCGUUAGACUUGCUCCUCUCUUUCAAGCAGUAGCCAUUCUCUGGCUGGACUGAGCAGAAACUUUGGAUAUAUAAAAAUGUAGGUUUUGGGGAAAGAAAAAGAAAUGCAAGUGGUUCUGAAGCAGUCUCUAGGCAGUGCAGCUAUUGUUAUUUCAUAUUAAAUCUAAGCCAACCUUCCUCUCCACAGCAGGAGCUUAUGAUGUGUAGCUUUUUCAUAACUGGUGCUCUACUUUUUCUUAGAGGCUUGAAAGUCUUUCUUUGUGAGCACCUGGAGAUUUUUCAUGUAUGUUAUCCUAUGAAGAAAAAGAAGGCUGUAAGACUUAGCUAGACAACUUUGGGAGGAAGAUAAUGAGAGAAAAGAUAAUACACAAUUCUGCCUUUGAAUCCUUCACACUCUGGCUGGACUUCUUUGCAAGCCCAUGUUUGCAGUGCACAUUCCUUCUGGCCCUGAAACAUAUAAUGAGCAUGCUGGGGAGAAAGGACAACAGAACUUACACCUCACUUGGCACACUAUCAACCAUGGGAGAGGAUUGUAAGAAAAGCUAUGGGAAUACCUUGAGUUAAUGGACAAAGGUGAGGCUGAGUCAGAAGAGAUGCUGCAUCUGGUUGUAUGACAUAGGAGCAGCCAACAUGAAUUGAUGAGGAGAUUAUGUCCCUGAAAAGCCCCAGAGAGAAUGUCUUAGGAGAAAUCAUCACCACAGAGUUAAUUCAGGUCACCAGAAUCCACUUAGCUCCAGUGUAGAGAAGCAGCCAUGCUACAAAACCUAUCUCAGAUGAUUGCUUUCUCACUCAUCCUGUACUGCAUUUCAUUGCCAGCGUUUCUGAAGAAAAAAAAAAAAAGAAAAAAAAAGAAAAAAAAAUACCUGUGUGCAAACUGAAGCUCUGUGACUCUUCCCAAACAUGGAGGGAGGAAUUUUCUAUUUUAUCUCGGAAAGCUGUACGAAGGAACUCAAGAAGUAGCAGUUCUCCAAAAGCUUUGUCUCUCAUCUCCUUGUGGAGUGUUGUCUAUCCCUGGCUAGUGAUUUAAGCCAUUAGCCUUAGACAGACAAGCUAGCCCAGGCUGAAAGCAUUACUGAACUCAGGCGUAGAGAGGGGUUGUGUGGACCAGAGGAAGGGUGCUCAACAUAAUUCUGCAGUCAAGAAAUAACCUCAGAAAGUCUGAAUCUUACUCCAGUAUCCCUUUCCCUCAGGCCCCUAAAGUUAAGUGCUCUCAGGGCCUGAAAGUCUCAGGGAAUUAAUUUUGCCACUGGAAAAAUAGAGAAGUCUGGCCUUAGUAUGUAAGGGAGAUUGCAUGGGUUUAGUAUUUUGGUGAUCCCACUCCAGAUUUCCGGGAGACAAUGAUUUCUGCUGAGGAGUGAUUGCCAAACACCAUUCAAUGUUAGAUAUCAUGACUGAAGUGAGUGGAAUAAUUGCAUUUUCCCCAUCAUUUUGGAUAAUGUAAUGGCAGGAAAUGGAAAAAGUUGGGUUUGACUGGAGAACAAAUAUUAAAUAUAGGAGCAAGGAAAAUAACUAGGAGGCUGGGAAUCCUGUAUUUUACUUACACCCUUGCUUCAAUGCCAUGUUUAGAAGCAAAACUGAAGUAGUUUAAUGGAUUUCAGUCCCUCACAAACUUUUCUGCAUUCUAUGCUGACACAGGAUUUGAUCUGCAGAAGCAGAGGCUGUUCCUGAUGAGGCCUGCAGUGCUCAUAGUGUAUCCCAAGUAAGACCUGUAGCUGCAAGUAGCAUGAGAUGAGAAAUAAUACUGAGAUGCAUCUGUCAAGUUGUAAGGAAGAAAUCUGAGCUACUGCUGGCUUUAAGCAGCUCUGCUGAUGUCUGCUCAUGAAAAUGCUGUGGCUGGCCUGUUAGAAAGGUCACAGGUGAGGUUACAAGGAAUACUUUUGGAACAUGUAAGCUCGUCUUGAGCCUCUCCACAUCUAAUUCCUCAGCUGUUGAACAAGAACAGACAUAAACAGUUGUUUGACAAGUUUUAGCUCCCACCUGCUAAGUUAUAAGCUGCAGUGGUAGGCCAAACCCCAUUGUUCCCUUGUUAAGUAUUUGAAGAUGUCUUCAUGGGCUCUGAUUUAAAAUUGCCUAUCAUCCCUCCUCUCUAGCAUGCUGCAGGCUACACAUUGAAGCUAUGGCAAUUCAGGGGUUUUAUCUUUGCUUCAGAAGUAACAGUCCCUUCCCUCUCAAUAUAUGGGAACACUUACCAGAGAUAACCUCAAGCUCCUGCAGCACCUGGGAGGAAACAUCUCAGAAGAGACUGGUGUGAAGAGGAGUCACUGAUACCAGACAUGAGCACAGUAUGAGGCAAGAUUGCUCCUCAUAAAGAAUAUCCCUUUCUGCUAAAAUUGCACCCCCUACUAGACCCUUUUCCUAGAAGAGACCCAUCAGUGCUCUGAAAAUGGGAGCCCAGCAGCAGUGCUCUGUCUGGUGAAAGAUGUGACCCCAGAUGAACAGAGUUGGCAUCUUUGUUUAUGGAAAUACUUUUUUCCCUUUUCUGUUUUGUCUUUUUAUUUUUCCCAAUUUAAAAUCACUUUCUAUUUGUUUGUGCAGAAAAAUAGACUUGUGAUAUGCACUUUAAA